AUGGGGACGAAACUGUUAAAAAGAAAUCGAUUUACGAUGUCUUCCUUCGAGCCUGUUGUGAGUAACUACCAGUACUCAACGGUCCGCCUCUUUCAACGCCCGCACAAGAUCAUUGCGACGGAUUUCGAAGCUUCAUGGGAUGAACGACACGAUGCAUUGGGGGACAUAGCAUAUUUGAGUCUGCACCUUUUGGCAAAAAUACGACCGACGCCGAAAUUGACGCCCUACGUCGCCAUGCAUCCACCCCGCGAAUUGCUAGAUAAACCGUUGCUUUGGGACUUGAUCGUCAUCGUCGAUGGCAAGGGCCACCUCCUCGGUCGCCUCGCCUCCAUUGUUGCCAAGCAGCUCCUCAACGGCCAGAAGGUCGUCGUUGUCCGCUGCGAAGCCCUCAACAUCUCUGGCGAGUUCUUCCGCUCGAAGCGUACGUUGUACCAUUUAUACCCAGCGAGCGACUCGUGUUGCAUUGCACUCGCGCGCAUUGGCGGCCUCGAUCUCAAGUACCACGCCUACCUCCGCAAGAUGACCCGUUUCAACCCUACCCGCGGUGGUCCCUUCCACUUCCGCGCUCCCUCCCGCAUCUUCUACAAGGCCAUCCGCGGCAUGAUUCCCCACAAGACUGCCCGCGGUGCCGCCGCCCUCGAGCGCCUCAAGGUCUUCGAGGGUGUCCCCCCCCCCUACGACAAGAAGAAGAAGAUGGUCGUUCCCCAGGCCCUCCGCGUCCUCCGCCUGCAGCCUGGUCGCAAGUACUGCACCGUCGGUCGUCUCAGCCACGAGGUUGGCUGGAAGUACCAGGACGUCGUCGCCCGCCUGGAGGAGAGAAGAAAGGCCAAGGGUGCCGCCUACUACGAGCGCAAGCGUGUUGCCGCCCGUCAAAUCGCCGACGCCAAGAAGACUGCCGCCGGCAAGAGCCAGGCCUCCAAGAAGCUUGCUGCUCUCGGCUACUAA